CUCUCUCUCUCUCCCAAGAAACAGGGGAGUCGAAUAGUGCAGUGGCUUGGGGAGCGCACGAAGAAUUAUUUGACGCUUUCGAUCCCAAGUAUUUCUAACAGUCGUAUCCGACCGUUUCCCUCGUGAGGUGAUCGGGACCUGGUUUGGUGAUGCUCUGUGACAGGUAACACACGCCAUCUUAAAGUAAUAAGCGUUGCUUUGCUAGCUUGCUUGCACGAUCUCCAAAGGUCUUCUUCCUUGAUGGGAGGGAGACUGGUUGUCCUCGAAUCGGCGCCUGCUUCUUCGCUUUCUGGUGACGGGACUCACCGAAAGAUUUGCGUAACAAAAACAAGCUUCUAGCUAUCUCAAGGUCCAAUGACCAAAAAGGUGAUGGAUACGCGUGCAAUCUCCGUAAACCCUGAUACAAAAGGAGAUAGGAGGAUAUCCUCAACUGGUGAAUUCAGUACUGGAGGUUCAUUAGUUUCUUCAACAAGCAGCGAAAAACCUCUUCCUAAUUAUCUAAGGGCUUCUACAAGCUCCUGCCAUGAUUUUUGUAAAUACGGACGGAAACAUGAUUUCGAUGCUGAGGCUAAGCAUCCAUUUCUUCUCAAAUCAGGAAAGAAGUUGACUCUUAGAGAAGACUGGCAGCAAGUGAACAGUGUAAAUGUAGAAGAGAGAUGGAAGAGGCUUACGACUAAGCCGAAGUCCUCAUCUCAUCAAAGAGCUGAAUUUCCUGAUACUACAGCAGUCAGGAAGCAGAAAGCUGCAUCAAAGAUCAAGGAGGUCAGAUUGCCAGAGCAACAUGCUGACAUGAAGUUGCAAAUUUCAUCAUCAAUCCAGAAAAGCAGUAUAUCUAGUGAUUCGGAAGGUCCUCCAACAUCACAGAACGAAGAAACUCAGGUGAAAAGUUUGAACAUAGGGGAUCAGAAGAUGAAACAAGUUACCAAAUCGAAGACUUUAAACAAGUCUCAAUCAUUCUCUUCCAAGCUUAAAGUUGGUGAGCAGAUGGGUACUUCUCUUGGCAAUGGAAUUGAUGGAAGUCAGAAGUCAGGUACCAUCAAGAGGAAUAUUUCUUCACCUCUCCAAGAAGCCACUUCCUCUACUAAACCGAGAUUGAUUAGGCAAACGUCUUCGAAGAGCGACAUCACACAUGAUGGACCUCAAAAAAUUGGACAAAAGCCACUAGUGCAUAAUGAGGUUCCUCAAGUUGCUGCUAAACAUGUGACAUCUAAGAAAGCCAUUAAAAGUCCAACCGAAGGAUCAGGAUCAUCACUUACUGCUUCACAUGGACCAAUUGAGCAAAGAAACAAGAAGGUAUUAUAUGAUAAGAGUAGGGAAAUAACAAGAACAUUAGAAAGGAAGAUGCUGAAACCAUCCACAGCUUCUCCAUCGCUCAAGCAUAUUGGGGAUGAAACCUCGAGUUCAAAGCAAAGUAAAUACAAGAAUGGAAAACAAACAGUCUCCAUGAAGAACCAGAAAGUUGGGAACAACGCUGAGCUUGUUACUCGGAACAACGAGAAGAAAACAUUGUAUGUCAUUGAUAAGAUACCAGAGAAAGUCGAUAUGGAUUCUGCAGAGCAGAACUCAUCGAAAGUGGAGAACAUUGUUUAUGAUCUCUCAGAACAGCCACUGUCGAAAUAUGAAAAUAUUGAUUCGGAUUCCCUUCAGGAGACAUCACUGAAGCCAGAUAAUUCAGACACGGGCGUCCUGGGGCACAAAUUGCUGGAACCAGAAAACAUUAGUGCUGCCUCUCUUGAAUUGACACCUGAUGAUAAAAAAAAGUUCCAAGUAAAGAAUGCCGAUAUGGACUUCCUAGAGCAGAGAUCACUGAGCCCAGAAAACAUUGAUUUUGAUUCUCUGGAAUUGAUACCUGAUGAUAAAAAAUGGCUAGAACCAGAAAAUGCUGAUAAGAAUUCUCUAGGGGAAAAUUUGCUGAAGCCAGAAGAAAAUAGUUUUGAGUCCUUGGUGAAACCCACUGACCAGGAAUUGCAUGGACCAAAGAGUGCUGACACGGAAUCUCUAGAGCAGGAAUUGCUGAAACUAGAAGACAUUGAUCUUGAUUCUCUUGACGUUCAGAAUUUGCUUGAACAAGGGAAUGCUGAUAAGGAUUUUCUUGAGCAGAAGCUGCUGAAACCAGAGAACAUCGAUCUUGAUUCCCUUGAGCUGAAUCCCAAUGAUGACCAGUCGUCCCAGUUAGGAUCAGAUGAUGAAGAGAUUGAGGAAAUAGAGUCUGCCUCUUCUGAAUCAUCUGAAUCAGAGUCAGUAAAUGAACCUUCAAAAGAUGAACAGAAGAAAAGGUCCAGAAUAGAUGCAGUUGUCCACCCUGAAGAUAAACUUUCCACACCUCACAAAUUGAAGUUUAGGAGAGGUAAGAUAAUUGAACUUCAACCUGAAUGCAAAGGUCUAAGAAGGCUGAGAUUCAGAAGAGGAAGACUGAUGUCUAAGAGUGCCGAUGAUGAUCAAGUCGAACGGAUGAACUUCCAAAGGAGUGAGAUGGGUGCACCGGCUAGUGAUCCUAGUCCAGAAUCUAAAGGUGUUGUGCUGAAACAUCAAGAUAUGCAGGAGAAGAAAGACAUCCAAGGCCUGUUCAACAAUGUUAUCGAAGAAACAGCAAGUAAACUAGUGGAGAGCAGGAGGAGCAAGGUGAAGGCAUUGGUUGGCGCCUUUGAAACUGUGAUAUCUCUUCAAGAUAGCAAGCCAGCAUCUACAGGCUAAAUGAUCAGUUUGGUGACUUUUCUUUUUUGGUGAUAGCUAAAUUGAAUGCUCAUGGUCCCAUGUGUUUAUUUUCCAACAUUAAAUGGUGUGCAUAUAUAAAUACAUAUUAUUUUUUUCGUUAAAGAUUCAAGAAUAUUUGUUAUGUAUAACUUUAUGUUCAGAAAAAUGGCUUGGUUUGAGAA